GGCGGUGGGCGUGUCACGUCCACCAUUGUGGAAGCUGAUGGUUUAGCAGCAAAACUGCGUCCACAUCGCCGUAAAAGUAGGCUGCCAAAAGCAGUCCAACCACCACUUUCUCCUAAAAGCCCCAGGCAGAUUUUAAACUGGUGCUUUCGCGUCUACAUCUGGACGAUACUUGGGUGAUUUGAACCCUGUUUUAGCACUAGACGACCGGUAGCGUGCGUGUGAGAGAGAGGACCCCUCAUCAAAAUCUAGCUGCGCGAACCCGACUUCCGCUCAAGCCGAUCACGGAACUGGGAAGUUUAUCACGCAAAGAGAGCUAGGAGUGGAGCCGUGUGGCCUGUCUGGUGCAACUUAGCACGCCGGUAACCUUUGUACCUUGGCUGGAGCAUCCGGCUGAGUGUCCACGUAGACAGAAUCCAGAAGUUGGAGAGGCCCCAGCCGAGAGAGGUGGACGUGCCUAGCCGAUAAUAUGGAUGUGUCUGACCCACAAACUCUGGCCAUCGCCGUCUUCGGCGGCUUUGUGCUAGUGUCUGCCAUCUGUAUCUUCCUGGUCUCGACCUUCGGUAUGAAGGAGACGACCUACGAGGAAGCGAUGGAACGCCAGCGGCGGGCUAUCGAGAGGGAGCUCCAGCAGACUCGCGCCGAGAAGCAGAAGGCUCGGGAGAAGAAGCCGGCCCGGUUCAACAAGAAGGAGAAGCCGAAGAAAGAGCCGUCCGGCUUGCCUGAACCCCAGCGUGACACUUCCACCUCCCCGCGGGUGCAGGAAGUCAAGCCGUUCGCCGAGCAGAAGGCCCAACCCGAGACACCGCCGCAGCCACAGCCCAAAGCCAAGGGCAAGGCCAAGGAUAAGAAUAAGGAGAACCAGGCCCCCAAUAAGGAGCAGACAGCCCCCGCGGCCCCCAAGGCGGCAGUGAAGACGGUGGAGCCACGUGUGGCCAAGGCGCAGCCCCAGCCGGUGCCGGUGAAGGCGGCGGUACGUGUAGCCCCAGAGCCCAAGGGAUCCCCCGAGCCCUCCCGCAAGGUCCUGGCCAAGGAGACCGUCAAGGCGGAAGCUGCGCCCCUGGCCCAGCAGGUGGUAGCCCCUGCCCCCAGCAAGAAGAAGAAGACGACCAAGAUCGAAGCGGCUGUCACCGUGGCAGGAGAUGCCCCUGGUAUGACAGCAGUGAUGGACAGCCUGGUGACCAGCGUACAGGCUGCCAAGCUGUCAGACGUGGAGAUGCAGCAGCUGGUCGACAUCAUGCUGACCAAGCAGGGCAGGAAGGCCUCCGACUGGGCCAAGGCUGGACAGAAAGCAGACUCUGUGAAGAAAGAUGAUGUAGAGAAGAAGCUCCAAGAUGAGCAAAAGCAGGUUCUUGCAGCCCAUCAGAAGAUGAAGGAGCUGAGGCAGGAGUUGCAGCAGGAGCGCGUGCGGUUCUCCACCCAGGAGACAGCCCUGCAGCAGAAGGUUUCCCAGCAGCAGCAGGAGAUCCAGGCGCUCUACACCCGCAUGAAGACCACCCACGAGCAGCACCUGGCAGAGAACCAGAAGCUGCACAACCAGCUGGCCGAGAUCCAGACCAACAGCAGCCAGGAGGCACACAUUGUACAGCUGCAAGAGGAAAACAAGAUCCUUAAGUCUGCUGUGAAUGAGGCCACCAAGGGAACGGAGAUGCGCAUCCAGAACGACCUUGCCAACCUGCGUACGGAGCAUGCCCGGCUGAAGAACGAGUACAACUCCAUCCAGGCACGCCUGCAGGCGGAGGAGGACGGGCGCAGGAAGGCGGAGACCUCUCUCACGGAGGCACAGCAGCAGGUCAGGCAGGUGCACGCCAGCCAGCGUGAUGCUGAAUCCUCGCUCACCAAGCGACUGAAUGAAGUCACCGAGCAGCUGAGGAAGUCUGAAGCGAAGAACAACGCCAUGGGUUCUGACAUCAAGAAGUCAAAGGAGGCUGCUGACCAAGCAGAAGCAGAAAGCAAGUCACUGAAAGACAAACUUUCCUCCCUGGAAAGUCAGCUCUCCUCUCUCCAGGCUAGCCAGGUGGCACCUGAAGCACCUGCCGUGGAGGAUGCUUCAGGUGCCCUACAGGUGCAGCUGGGUGAGAUCCAGGCCGAGCUUAGCGAGGUGAAAUCUCAGCUGGCCCAGGCUAACCAGCAGCUGUCCCAGACCCAGUCGGAAUCGGACGACACCAAGUCGCAGCUGAAAAGCUCGCAGUCGCAGCUGACAGACACCUGUUCGCAGCUGGAGGAAGCACGUGCUCAGCUGCAGCAGGCGCAGACGCAGCUGCAGGAGGCUGUGUCUCUGAGAGAGCAGCUGGAACAGAGAGUAGAGGCUGCCGACUCACAGGUGGCUCAGAGCAAGCUGGCCCAGGAGACCAAGGACAAAGAAGUCCAGGAGCUCAAUAAGAAGAACAAGGCGUUGUCUGAGGAGUUGGAGUCUGCCAAGUCCUCGGCUGUGGACACCCAGGCGGGAGGGGACGCAGGUGCUCAGGAGUUGCAGCUGCAGCUGAAGGACCUACAGGUGCAGCUGGCUGAGAGCAGGAAGACUGUGGAGGACAAGGAGAAACUCAUCAAGGAGCUUCAGGAGAAAUCUAAGGCUGCUGAAGUGCCAAGUGCCAAUGGAGACAUAGAACACAAGGUGGAGGGGUCUAGUAUGCAGACCAUCAGUGUUGUUGAACAUGAACUUCUCAUCAGUGAAAAGGAGAAGACAGUGACCCAGCUGCAGGAGGAGGUUGCUGAGAAGAAGGCGGAGAUCGAGACACUCCAGACUACAGUGGAGCAGCAGAAGAAGAAAAACAACGAUCUUCGCGAGAAAAACUGGAAAGCAAUGGAUGCUCUAAACGCUGCAGAAAAAUCUCUCGCUGACAAAGAGAAAGUUACCAGUGCCAAGGAUGACACGGCCACGUCAGACCAGGACAGGAGUCAGGCCAGAGAAGCCCUGCAGAGAAUCUUCCCAGACAUCUCCAUGGACGCCUCCCUGGAGUACCAGGUCUGGCUCACCAGCUUCGAGAAGGCUGCGCUUUCCAGGCUAGAGGAGCUGCAGACAGCUGCCAAACAGUCUGCCAAAGUGCCUACACAGACUUCUAAGGAUGAAGGUGUGGAGGCCCAGCUUGCGGAGGCAGCAGAGAGGGAGAAAGAACUGCAGGAGGAAUGUGAGAAAUACAAGACAGUCCUGGCAGACACAGAGUCCAUCCUGAACAGACUGCAGAGCAGUGUGGAGUCUGAGGAACAGAAGUGGCAGGAGAAGCUGAGGUUAGCAAACGAAGACCUCGAACAGUCACCCUCCCCCCAGGCCAGAGGAGAGGUCCGUGCAAUGCAGGAAGCCGUACAGCAGGUGAAGUCUGAGAGCCAGCAGGGUUCGGAGGAGCAGGGGCGUCUGCAGGACCAGCUCAAGGUGCUGCAGGAGGAGAGGGACAAGCUGCAGCAGGAGCUGCAGACCCUGCAGGCUGCUGCAGGGAGUGGCCAGGCGGAGAACGGGCCCGCAGGUCCCACGGAGGAGGAUCUCAGUAAAAGGGAUGAGGAGAUCGCUGCACUCAAGGCACGUCUUGAGAAGGAGAAGAAGUUGUGUAAGGAGCUGGGCUCGGCCGCCACCAAACUUCAAUCCCUGCUCAAGACAGCAGAGGAUCAACUCAAAAAGGAAAGGGAAAAUGUCAAAAAGCUACAGGGGAAUUCUGAGGAAAAGGGGAGCACAGAUCAGUCAGACGUAGUGGAAGCACCACAGUCUCUCAAUCAGUCACAAAUAGAAAAAGAUUUGGCAGACGCCUUACAAGAGGUGCAAGCCACACCAGAUGAUGGAACUUCCGUGUGAGAGCACCACAUGACGAAACCUCUAUGAGAGAUCUCCAGAUGACACAACCUUGGUGUGAGAUCUCCGGUAGUUUCAGUUACGCGACUUCUUGACUACCUGUUCCCAAUCUCUGCUAUAGGAAAAGUACUUGUAAUUAUAUAUAGCUAUGAGCAAUUUCUCUACCAUACUUUUCCUACAUUUAUACAGCCAAUAAGAAAGACUAAAUCUAUUUUUCUUGAAAUGUAACACCAAAAAAUGUAUAGGACGCAUAAGAUGAGAAUCUGUAGUGUUGUAAUGUAAUUGUACUUAUCGAUGAAUUGAUUAUACCAUUGCAUUAACUAUUUUUCAAUCCACUCAGAAUUUGAGUCAUAGUAGCAGCUAGAUAGGGUUUGUAGACUUUUCCACAUAUGGAAAUCAGUAGUAAUGCUAGACUAGAAAUUACAAAGUUUACGACUGGUCUAUAGAUCAAUCGAGUAUUGGUAAUGACAAAGCUGUCAAGGUUUUAGUUCUUUUUCUUUUCUUUUUUUUAUUAGCUAAGUCAGUAUAAAUACAGCAAUGGGAAAAAGGAUGGACUUAAAAGAUCACUCUAAAUCCCGAAAUGUAACAGAGUUAAGAAUAUGGUUAUUCUGGUGACCUAUGGGUUCGGAAAGAUUCAGAAUGAGGGUGAGGAUCAUUGGGCAAGACUUAAAAAGUUCACUUCUUUGUUGCCUUGCCACAAGUAUACUGUAUGUGGCUUACAUUUGGUGUUGUUAGAUAGUACGUCACAAGCUUAAGUCCGUAAUGUCUACUUUAAAGAAGGAGGAUGGUUUCUAACUAGUCAUUAAAUGUACUUUAGUUUGGCCAAUCAGUGUGCAAUGGGCUCCCAAGGGAUGUGAAACAAUGAAAGUGUUACUUUAGUCUUAAUGUACAUUAAUCCAACAGGCAGAGUUCUUCUCAGCUUAAACCGGUUGAUUCCUUCACACCAGUUUUUAAGUAUCCGUAUAAUAGUUGGAAUUGGCACACAGUAUAUGUACAGGUGAAGCUACGGUAAAGACUGUAGCAGAUGUACUUAUAGAGGGGAGGGGAGGUGCCAUAUGGGAUGUUGUUGACUGUGUCGUCCGGACAGGUGUCAAUAAAAGUGUCUGAUGUGCCUCAA